UCGUUGUAUCAAGAAAUGGUGGAAGAGAAAGAGGAAGAAGAGGACAUGAGGGAAGCAUUUAGAGUAUUUGAUCAAAAUGGUGAUGGAUUCAUUACAGAUGAAGAGCUGAGGUCAGUGCUUGCAUCAAUGGGGUUGAAGCAAGGAAGAACACUUGAAGAUUGCAAGAAAAUGAUAAGUAAGGUUGACGUUGAUGGAGAUGGUAUGGUUAAUUUUAAGGAGUUCAAGCAAAUGAUGAGGGGUGGUGGGUUUGCUGCUCUUAGCUCCAAUUAA